CUUCUGUGCCUGCUACUUGUUAUCCAAGAAGGCGCUGCAAAAGGUGUCGACGGGGGCCAACUUUUUGCAGAUCUUCCGCACGUGGGCCUGGCUGGACUUGGAGCAAAUCGGGCGGCGGGUGGUGCGAGCAAACGUGGAGGUGGCUCGACGCAAGCGCCAAGCGAUGCAAAGCCGGGUUGGGGCUUCAGAGUCGGACACUGGCCGACAUAUUACCAACAAAGAGGACUCGCUGUUUCCCGACGGGGAUGAGGAGGAGGACGAGGAGGAGAACGAGGAUGACGAUGUUGAUGGUGAAACUGGAAAUAACCGAAAAAGUGGCAACACCGCGAACAAGCGAGGUACGAAAUCUCGUAAGGCGCAGCUCGGCAAGCGACAAACGCAAGACCCGACCGGCAAGCAGAGCACCUGGCGCGACAAGAAAGCCACAGUCCGUGUCAAAAGCUCGAGAAGAUCCGCGAGCGGUGAUAACAAGCAUUCGAGAGCGACGGAUGCGGUUUGCAAGCUGAAUUCAGUGCCGGAGGACGACGGAGCAGCUGCGUCAGACGACAAGAGUGAUGGCUGUUCCGGCGACGACGAAUCGGGUGCAGAAAAGAAGGGCACAUCAGACGAAGAUGACGAGGAGGACAGCAGUGAUGAAGACGACCAGGAUUCCAGUGCGGAGGGUCAGAAUGAAGAUAUAUCCCAGCAGAGAACAACCGUCCGGAACGCCCUCAACUCCUUGAAGCAGCAAACGCGAAUUGUGAUCAAACGCGUUAUGAGCACGCAGGGACGCACGUGGCGCGCCACUGCCGAGGUCAUGUACGACAACCGGGACGCGUGGAGCGCCGACGAUUUGGAUGACGAGAAUGCAGCCGCGAGCCAGAACAUCAAUAGCCCGCCUGGCCGCCCGACGAACACCUUG